AUGAAGAAGAAGAGUCAAAGAAAUCGAGGAAGCAAAAGAGAUGCUAGUCAAAAUACUAGUAAUCAAAAUUGUCAAUUUACUAAUAAUAACAAUAAAAAAUUGGAUCGAAGCAAGAGAAGUGGAAUGUAAGUUGGAAAAUAUUUUUUUUUAAAUUCUCGAUUUUAGUUUUAACAUUAUAAAAUUUUUUUAGGGUGAGAAAGAGAUCGGAUAUACACGGCACUGCAAAUUCAGGAGAAACUAAAGGAAAAUCGAAUAGACCAAGAGAAAGAUAUGAAAAGAGUUCGGAUGAAGAUCGAGAUAAUGUGAAAUAUCCAAAAGAGAAAAAAAAAGUUGGGAUUGAAAAGAAGAAAGAAUCAAAUACAAGUACAAAUAAUAAAAAAGAGGAGCAAAAACAACCAGAAGAAAUGACGAAAAAACGAAGAAGUUGUGAGAAAAUGGAGGAUAAAAAAGAGGAAAAAGAGAAACAAUCACCACAAGCAAAUGAUAAUCCGAAAAAACUAUCAACUGCAAAAGAAAGAUCGCCAGCAAAAAUGAAUGAAGAAGGAGCUAAGGAUAAUAAUUCUGGACUUGAUUUGACAACAAAAGAACCAAUUAAACCAGUUAAAAUGGAUGAUGGAUAUGAAGAUUUUGGACCAGGAGCAUAA